AUGUCAAAAUCAAUAGAACUCCCUAAUUGCACCUAUCCAUGUGAACCAGUCACAGAUAUUCCACCAAGUGCUCCAACGCCAAAACAUUCUCUCUAUCUCUCCAAUCUUGAUGACCAAAACUUUCUUAGAUUUUCUAUCAAGUAUUUAUACAUUUUCAAGAAAUCAGUCAACUUGAAUAACUUGAAAUCUUCUCUAUCUAGAGUUUUAGUGGAUUAUUACCCUCUCGCAGGGAGGUUGAGAAGAUGUUCCUCUAAUUUGGACGAUGACAUUGAUGAUGACAAAAAGCUUGAGGUGGAUUGCAAUGGAAAAGGUGCUUUCUUUGUGGAAGCUUUCAUGGAUAUUACGGCAGAUGAAUUAGUUGAACGUUCUAAGUUUCCGAAUAAAUCAUGGAGGAAGUUUUUGUAUAAGGUGGAGGCUCACAGUUUCUUAGAUGUUCCUCCACUUAUUGUUCAGUUAACGAGUCUCAGUUGCGGGGGAAUGAUUCUCUGCACCGCAAUCAACCACGGCCUAUGCGACGGAAUCGGAACAUCUCAAUUCCUCCACGCAUGGGCACAUCUCACCACAUCCCCUCAAACAAAUUUGACUAUCCUACCCUUCCACUCACGCCACGUGUUGCACCCACGUCAACCCCCCACGGUAAACCUCCACAACCCCGCAUACACCAGAUCCCAACCACACCCUCAAAUAAACCUCCACAAAUCAAUACAAUCCCAACCCUUAAUACCCACAUCCUUUACCUUUAAUUCCAACCAUAUCCUCUACUUAAAAAAACAAUGCACCCCUUCACUAAAAUGCACCACCUUUGAAGUAAUCGCAGCGCACACGUGGCGCUCUUGGAUUCGUUCAUUAAAUUUACCAUUACCGUUACCCUCCACGUUAAACAUGAAGCUACUAUUCUCUGUUAACUUUCGCUCCGUUAUGAAUUUACCAAAAGGAUAUUACGGAAAUGGGUUUCUACUAGCGUGCGCCGAAAGUAAAAUAGAGGACUUAGUGGGGAAUAAUAAUAAUAAUAACCUUCACCAUGUUGUGAAGUUAGUGCAAAAGGCGAAAUCAACGGUGAAUGAUGAGGAAUAUAUAAGAUCGACGAUUGAUUUGUUGGAGGACAAAACGGUAAAAACAGAUGUUUCGACUAGUUUGGUUAUUUCUCAGUGGUCGAAACUAGGGUUAGAAGAUGUGGAUUUUGGAGAGGGGAAAGCGUUGCAUAUGGGUCCUUUGACCAGUGAUGUUUAUUGUUUGUUUUUACCGGUGAUUAGUGGCGGUGGUGAUGGUGUGAGAGUGGUGGUUUCUGUGCCGGAGAGUAUGGUGAAGAGUUUUGAGUUUCAGAUGAGUGGAAGUUGGGAGAAGAAAAUGGAAAAUAAUGGAAAUGAGGUUAUGACUGGGUUUUUGUUUUGA